ACCGCGGAAGUGACAGCGGAGUUUGUGUUGAUGCGGAAGAGAAACGAGCCUUCAGGAUGUUUUGCGAUUAAAGUUGUCCGAGGACGAAACUUAUGCAGCAAAAAAACAAGCAAAAACGAGUUAGAAGGGUUACAGUUUUGUUGAAGUAUCGUAUUUUACUGAAGUUUGACCGACAGAAGGACUCCUAAUGGCCAGCGGCAACUUACAGAAAGCUAUAGAUCUGGCCAGCAAAGCUGCCGAGGAAGACAAAGCCAAGAACUAUGAAGAGGCCCUCAGAUGCUAUCAGCAUGCAGUGCAAUACUUCCUUCAUGUUGUCAAGUAUGAGACCCAGGGCGAUCGAGCGAAGCAGAGCAUCAGGGCCAAGUGUGUGGAUUACCUGGACCGAGCCGAGCAGCUGAAGGAAUAUCUGAAGAAGAAGGAGAGUGCUCCUCCAGCCAAACCUGUCAAAGAGGCUGGUGACAAAGGGAGUGAAAGUGAUGAAGGGGAUGAUCCAGAGAAGAAGAAGUUCCAAAAUCAACUCUCAGGUGCCAUUGUUAUGGAAAAGCCAAACAUUAAGUGGGACGAUGUUGCUGGACUUGAGGGAGCCAAAGAAGCCUUAAAAGAAGCUGUUAUCCUGCCCAUCAAAUUCCCUCAUCUGUUCACAGGAAAGCGAACACCUUGGCGGGGGAUCCUUCUGUUUGGCCCUCCAGGAACAGGAAAGUCCUACCUGGCCAAGGCGGUGGCCACAGAAGCCAACAACUCCACCUUCUUCUCCAUCUCCUCCUCUGACCUUGUGUCCAAGUGGUUGGGAGAAAGUGAAAAGUUGGUGAAGAACCUGUUCAGUUUAGCUCGAGAACACAAGCCAUCCAUCAUUUUUAUCGACGAGAUUGACUCCCUCUGUGGCUCCAGGAGCGAGAACGAGAGCGAAGCGGCGCGCAGAAUCAAGACGGAGUUCCUCGUCCAGAUGCAGGGUGUUGGAAAUGAUAAUGAUGGAAUCCUGGUCUUGGGAGCAACAAACAUACCAUGGACACUGGACUCUGCUAUUAGGAGGAGGUUUGAAAAGCGAAUCUACAUUCCUCUGCCGGAGGAGCACGCCCGCUCCUUCAUGUUCAAGCUGCAUCUGGGCUCCACCCCCAACGAACUGACAGAGUCGGACUUCACAACUCUGGGCAAAAAGACGGCGGGUUACUCUGGAGCUGACGUCAGUAUAAUCGUGAGGGACGCCCUCAUGCAGCCUGUCAGGAAGGUGCAGACGGCCACUCACUUCAAAAAGGUUCGAGGGUCAUCGUAUAACAAUCCUGGCGUUGUAGUGGAUGACCUGCUGACUCCCUGCUCACCCGGAGAUCCCAACGCCAUAGAGAUGACCUGGAUGGAGGUCCCUGGCGAGAAACUUCUGGAGCCAGUUGUGUGCAUGACCGACAUGCUGAGGUCACUAACAAACACCAAGCCGACAGUGAACGAGCAGGACUUGGAGAAGCUGAAGCAGUUUACUGAAGAUUUUGGGCAAGAAGGCUGAUAAUGUUCGCAUUCUCCUCAUGAACGGAACAGUUAUCUUCACUCUCAGUUAGGUUUCUGAUUAUUUGAGUCAUGUUAGGUGUCAGAAAGGGUGGAAAAUGUCCACAAGAGGACGCUGUAGCCCAAAGUUCGUACUCACUUUUUCAUCAACCACUAACAAGUUAAUCAACUGUUUCAGCACUAGUAAUCUAUCAACCUACAGAGACUCUAUAUUUUUCAGGGUUUUUUCAUAUUUCUUUGACUUAUUACCAAAUAAUACUGUUUUUUAAAUUAAAGUGUAUUACUGUUUACUGUAAGUAUGCAGAUGGUGGUGGCUACAGUGAGUAGACGCACCUUUCCAGCACUACAUUCUUCUUAUUGUAGUUGAGACCGAACUAGUUUCACGGUUGUCUUUUAUAAAUGGGAAUUUUUACUAUAAAAUCUGUCUCUAUUUUAAAUGUAAAUAAUCUUUUACUGGUUAUUUUAUUCUACUACAUACAAAGUUAUUGGCCUCUGGGGUUAUAUUGAGUUAUUAAAAAUGAAAUACAAUGCUUUUGAAAGCAUUUCCAAGUUAUGACAUACUUCCUUGUGAGGUUAAAUACCUAUGCAUAUUUUCUGCACAUUUAAUUUACAUCUAGUCAUAUUAACUUCCACAUCUUGCUGUAAUUGAGCGAAAUUUCCAAACUAUCAAACUUUAGCAGUCAGUUAUUUAUAGAUCGAUAUACUCUGUUGCCUUUGGGUUUGAAAUAUAUUUAAGAGUUUCUUUUGGGGUUUGCAAAAGUUACAUAAAUAAAUUUUAAAAAAGGAGGUCAUUUGCACUUUUCUUGUAUCCUACUCAAUAUGUUCUGUGAACAAAAGUCUCAGGGUUAAAAAUAAACAAAACAAAGCAAAAAAAUAAAAGGAGUCAUUAUUAA